AUGACUGGCGCCAUAGCAUCCUCCUCCUCGCCAGCUCUUACCUUCGAGCUCGUCGCCAGGUGUUCCACAACGCGCGCACGGGCGUCGGUCCUGACCCUCCCUCAUGGACCCGUCCAGCUCCCCGUCUUCAUGCCCGUGGCGACGCAGGCGUCCCUGAAGGGCCUGACGCCGGAGCAGCUGGAAGAGACCGGGUGUCGCCUGUGUCUGAACAACACCUACCAUUUGGGCCUCAAGCCGGGCCAGGACGUUCUCGCCGCCGUCGGGGGCGCACAUAAACUGCAGGGGUGGAGCCACAACCUCCUUACCGACAGCGGAGGCUUUCAGAUGGUCAGCCUGCUCAAGCUCGCCAACAUCACCGAAGAGGGUGUCAGGUUCCUGAGCCCCCACGAUGGCGCGCCCAUGCUCCUCACGCCCGAGCACUCCAUAUCCCUUCAGAACACCAUCGGCAGCGAUAUCAUCAUGCAGCUCGACGACGUGCUGGUCACCACCUCGCCGGACCACGUGCGGAUGCGCGAGGCGAUGGAGCGCAGCGUCCGGUGGCUGGACCGCUGCAUCGCGGCGCACAAGAACCCCACGACGCAGAACCUCUUCUGCAUAAUCCAGGGCGGUCUAGACACCGAGAUGCGGCGGCGGUGCUGCGAGGAGAUGGUGGCCCGAGAUACGCCGGGCAUCGCCAUCGGCGGGCUCAGCGGCGGCGAGGCCAAGGCGGAGUACUGUCGCGUGGUGGCGACCUGCACGGAGCUGCUGCCCGAACUGAAGCCGCGCUACGUCAUGGGAAUCGGCUACCCCGAGGAUCUGGUCGUCAGCGUCGCUCUAGGGGCCGACAUGUUCGACUGCGUGUGGCCGACGCGCACGGCCAGGUUCGGGCACGCGAUCACGAGGCGGGGCGUGCUCAACAUACGCAAUGCCAAGUACACCAACGACUUCGGGCCCCUGGAGGAAGGGUGCGGGUGUGCGUGCUGCCGGAAGGGCGGGCUGGGGGUCACGCGCGCCUUCGUCCACCACAACACGGCCAAGGAGACGGUAGCGGCGCACCUGCUCACCACGCACAACGUGUGGUACCAGCUCACCCUGAUGCGCGAGGUCAGGGCGGCCAUUGUUGCCGACAGGUACCCGGCCUUCGUACGGCAGUUUUUUGCCGACCUGUAUCCAGAUAAGGCGCACUAUCCGGCGUGGGCCGUGGACGCCCUCCGGGGAGUUGGCGUAGAUCUACAGGCAGAAGGUGUAUAA